AUGGAACCAGAGCCGUCCCCUACCGCUCUCCUCGAGGCUAUCACAGCCCUCACAGCCACAGUUGGGUCCCUGCAGGACCAAAUCCGCGCCCAAAGCCAACAAAUCACUGAGCUUAGGGCCAUAUGCAAGGAAACAGCGGACCUCCUUGGGGAUAAGGAUCAAGGAGUCCCUCAAACCAAGCCUGGCCCAUCGGCUGGGCCUGUCACUCCCCCUACCCACACAGGGGGAGAAGCCCACACUCCAGGCACGGUUAGGCCUGGGCUCAAGGCCCCAUUCAGGCCAUCAAGAGGAACAGAAUUUGAUUCUGAGGAAGACAAAGAGCCAAGGCACCCCAAAAAGGAGCCUCAGGGAACGCCUAGAAGGCACCUUGGAUCCCUCACCCCCUUCAAUGCUGGGUCCAGCGUAAAAAGACCCAAGAUGGACCUCCCCAACCCAUACAAGGGAGACACCAGGGGCCGCAAAGCCACCCAAUGGCUGGAUCGAAUGAUGCUCUGGGUUGCCCUUCACAGGGACCAAUUUGACGAGGAAGAGCAGAUGGUUGUGUGGAUCCUUUACCACAUGACAGACAAAGCAGCGGAUUGGGCACUUCCCCUCAUAGGGGCCAUCAUCAAGGGCGAGGGUAACCCGCCAACCACCAUCCAGGCCUUAACGGCCAAGUUCAAGGAGGCAUUUGCCGACCCUGAUGCCAAGCGAGCGGCCGCCAGGAAGAUAGCCGCGUUGACUCAGACCACUACUACGUCUGAGUACGUCACCGAAUUCCGCAACCUCAUGGCGGAACUUGACUGGAACACUGAGGCGUACAUUGCCCAGUUCACAUGCGGCCUUCACUGGAAGGUAAAAGAACUCCUGUCCACAAAGGACAAUAUCCCAGACAACGACCUUGAGGCCAUAUUUGCUGCCUCGGUCAAAAUUGAUAACACUCGUCGGGAGAAUGAGGAGAACCGGCCAAAAAAAGCUCCUGCCAAGUCCCCGGUCACCGCAACCACUUCCUCCACUACUACCACCAGGGUCCGCCUAUCCAAGGACCCCAAUUACGUCACCCCGGAGGAAAGGGACCGCCGCCGCGCAUCUGGGCUAUGCGUCAAAUGUGGGCAGAAGGGCCAUGGAAUCAAGCAGUGUCCCAAUGGCUGGAAGGCCACCCCCAAGGAAACUGCCAAGGUGGCCCAGGACGAGUCGGAAAAAGAGUAA